GAAAAAUCAAAGAAAUUAUUAGUUUAGGCAAAUCUAGCAAGAAGCGAGAAUUCAUUACAGUUGAUAUCAUUAAUUUAGUAUUUAAUAGUUUAGAUGAUAUUAUUGAUACCGGUCCUAUUAAAUCCCUAAUUAUAAGAACUUUAAAGCUUACUUCGUUAGAAUCUGAGAAUAAUCAAAUAUUUUUUACAUUAAUGACGAAUUCCAAAGAAGCUUUAGAGCUUUCAAUUAGAUUGAAUGCUAUUAAUAAUGUUAUCGAAAACAUUAAUUCAGAUAUAGCAGUGCGUUGCUGUGAGGUUAUUCAAUCAAUUUUUAGCGAAUUUAAUUUGAAUGAAUUAUUACCUUAUUUCAAACAUUCGAAUGAAACCUUUACUAAACAAGGAGUCUUGCAACAAAUAAUCUUGAUAGCAUUUCUUAAAGAAUUGAUAUAUAAAUUCUGGAAGGAUUUUAUUCAAGCAGAUAAUCGUCUGUGGACAAAUGAUGUUAAAAUAGGAUUUGUUGAAAGAUUUUUUCCUACUGGUUUACUAGUAUCUCAUGCUUAUAAUAGUUAUAUAUUUAUUACUGAUGAAAUUGAGGUUAAAAGGCAAAAUGAUAAAAUCCCAUCUUCUUCAUCUACUGGGAUUAGAAAAUCUUUAAAAAGAAUUAAAAAGUUUAAAGAAGCAGCGAAUUAA